GCUCUGCUGCUUGUGUUCUCAACAGCAGUGCUAAACAGCUUCGUUUCGUUGGUUCUCAAUGUUUAUUUUCUUAAAUGUUGCUCUUUAAUUGGCGUAAAAGACACGUGUGAGUGACAUAAGUGUGUUUAUGAGUGUGUUCGACAGGAUUUCAAUGGUUUGCGCGUCUGAUAUGUGGAGGUGAUUAUCAGGAGAUGGCGCCCUCUAAGACAAAAUUGCGUGCGAAAAAGAAAGACGGCGGAGGAAAAUCUUCUCAGCGUUUGCUGGCCAAUGCUUCUCCGGAUUCCAAGUGUCCCAUCUGCCUGGACAGCUUUAAAAACGUGGCGUCGCUGGACCGCUGCCUGCAUCAGUUCUGUUUCCCCUGCAUCCACGAGUGGUCGAAGAACAAAGCCGAGUGUCCGCUCUGUAAGCAGCCUUUCCACUCCAUAUUCCACUCCGUCAAAGGAGAAAACGACUUCAAAGAGUUUGUGCUCCGGCCACCUGAGAAUGGAACGCCCGCUGCGGGUGAUCCCCCAGAGCGUGUGCUCCGCCCCCGAGUGCUCAGAGGCAGAGAGAGGAGGAGCCACAGGUUGCAACAACCCGCCCCUUCCGCUUCUUCCCCGCUGGAUGACGACGUGAUGUUUGAUGGUUUGUCCGACGCUGCAGCGCUUACGGGGAACCAAGAUGUGCAGCAGAUGGUCAUGCGUCUGACGGCGCGCCGCAGCGGGCGGGGUGAGGGGCGGAGCCUCAGGCGUCUGCGGGACCAGGACGUGGUAGCGUUCCGCCGCGCCCUCUACAGGACUGGUGUGCGCGUGCGAAACAUGAGGGACGGCACCAGGCAGAGGGACAUUUCAGCUGCGUUCCUGCGGCAGAAUCCACCGUGUCUGCGGCGGCUUGUGCCGUGGCUACAGCGUGAGCUGACGGUGUUGUAUGGUUCGCACGGCUCGCUAGUGAACAUCGUGCAGCACAUCAUCAUGUCCCGCGUCACAAACUACAAUAUGGAGGAGUCGGCCAUCCGGGAUGAGCUCCGCCCCUUUCUGUUAGCACGCACUGACCACUUCCUGCAUGAGCUGGUGAGUUUUGCCCGCUCGACCCUCAGCAUGGAGACGUAUGAUCAGCAGGCCAUCUACGACUGCCCCGCCCCCAGCUACGAGGAGGGCAGUAGCUCUGAUUCCUCAGUUAUCGCCAUCUCUGAGGAUGAUGACAAUGCCAGUGAUGAUAACGUGACAGCCAAUCCCUCUGUUCAUCACGAACAAGCUCCACCCCCUCCUCCAGCGACUGCCGCAGACAGUUUGCCGAGUGAAUCAGCGUGGGAUGAUGAGACACCUGGUCCCUCCUAUUCCACUCUCCUCCACUCUUCCAGCCAAUCGCAGAAUGAGGGUCCGGAGCCGAGCGGCAGCACAGACACGCCGCUGGAACCGGCCGCCCUUGUUGCGAACAUGUCAGGCCGUCCAGUAGCAGAUGAAGACGAGGAAGAGUGUUUGAUCGUGGGAUAUGUGAAGCCCAUGGCCGAGCGGACGCCUGAGCUGGUUCAGCUCUCCUCUGAUUCCUCUGAAGCGGAGCAGGAGGCAAAUGCCACGGACACAAAAGCCAGAGUGCUAAAAGCAGAGGGAUCCCAGUCCCACGUGAACCAGCGUAGCCCCGCCACCUCCCCAGGACCCGCCCCACCAUCCAGUCCCCAGCUCACACCUUUGGACUCUCACACGCAGCCGUCGCGCAGCAGAGAGAGAAUCUCACGGAGCCGGUCCCCAUCCUCUGGGGGCCAACACGCACAUCGCCACAGAUCAAGAGACGGCUUUGAGUUGAUACCCAAAGACCAGUUACAUCAACACUCGGACACAAAGGAGCACUGCCAGACGUGGGAACCGUCACAUCACACAGAAAGUCAAGAUGGCAGCUGGUCAGACCACAGUCCAAUGUCCAUUUGGAGUAGUAGUGAAGCCUCACCAUCCAGACACGGCACCAGUAGUGACCGAGAACGUUCUCAUCCUGUUACGGAAAGAUUCUCGCAUUCUUCUUGGGAUGAAGAUAGAGGGCAGAGGAGAAAGAGGAGCAGAUCUCCCGACUCCGAGUCAUUCAUCGGUUCCCGGUGUCCCGGUGGUCGUUCCCGUGAGUCGCGGAAGAGCCGCAAGCGCAGGAGACGCUCUAUCAUCAGCAGCAGCAGCAGCGCAGACUCGCAUUCAGAAAAAUGUCGUCUGGACAAACCCAGCGGCAAACGCAAGUAUAAAACACGCCACCUCGAGCGAGCCGCCCAGCGCCAGCACGGAGAGGGAUCAACAGCUGCAGAGAAACGGCCGGGACACCGAGAACGUAAGCGCGGCCGGCAGCGACGGCUCAGUCGUAGUCCCAGCGUGGAGAUUGUCUUUGAGCGGAAAGCGUCCGACUCGCACGUUCAUCAGCGGAAGAAACGGAGACACCGGAAGAGAAAGAGAGAGCAGCGCUCGCCCACAAUCAUCACUAUUGACAGUGACAGCGAUCGGACCAUCGACUGUCUGGACCGCGUCUUGGAUGUUAUUGAUCAAACGGCUGCAGGCUUCGACGACGAGCAGAUUGAGACGGGGAACACCGUCAACACCACUUCAAACUCUUGCCUAGAAUUCUCAAGUUCUCCCGUCCGCACGCUCAACCUAGACGACUGUGUAGUGGAUGUUGUCAAUCACAAGACAGACCCCAUGACCACGAUCCCCCCACCGUCAGACACACGGCUGCUGGAGUCUAUACUGCAGGAUCUUGAGGACUUUCUGCCGGACGUGUUAGAAGAAGAAGCAGCGGGGUCUAACCGCAGGAAUCCUCUCACACAGACCGUUAGCCCUCGACAUGACCAAACAAACAUGACAGAAGACUCAGAAAGACUGAAGAACACAACCGCACACAGUGAUGAAGAGCAGGACAACGACACACACUAAUGAUCUUUGUCUGAAUGACAUGUGUGUGUGUGUGCGUGUGUUGUUUUUAUAUCCAUUUAAAGCCUGAGAUAAAGUGUGCUUGAGAAACAUUCGUAGAAACAUUUUCAUCGUCAUGAUUGUUAAUGUUAUAUUUAUGAUGACAGUAAUCCUCUGUCUCAGAUCUGGUGCUGACUCGUCAUGUGACAGAACAAAAAUGAAGUGAAGAUGGCGACCCUCAUUCUGCAAAACAUUUGUAAGAUUCACUUUAAAGGUUUACGCCAUAAACCAGAACUAUCAUGCAAAGUAUUUUCCACAUCAACAGAUGAUGAUGUUGUUUAUUCUAAGCAUGUGAUCUGCUUUCCUUGACUUGAAAUGUUGUUUAAAUUCAGAUCCAUUUGGAUUGGCUGUCAAUGUUUUAUCAUUCAUCAGCUGGACAAACACUCUGAUAUUCACAAUGACAUUCUUCCUCCUUAAAGGGACAGUGCACCCAAAAAAUGGAAGAUACUUGGAAAGAUGUCGGCACCCAGACAAAUCUUAUCCCCCAUUGACUCCCAUAGUAUUUAUUUCCCUACUGUGGCAGUAAAUGGGGGGGAUCAGAUCUGUUUAGUAACUGACAUUCUUACAAAUAUCUUCCUUUGUGUUCAGCAGAACAAAGAAAUUAAUACAGGUUCGGAGUCAAUGAUGAAUUUUCAUUUUGGGGUGAACUAUCCCUUUAAAGUUCUGCUGUGGAUUGUUCUGUUCUGGUGCCAUCAAAUGAACAGUAGAUUGAUGGAAGAAGGAAUCCUGCAGAUGUUUGAGUCACAUGAGGGUUACAUCUAAACUUGAAACAUCUGAAGUUCUUUAAGAGCAGUGUGUUUGUCAAACUCAGGGAAAUGUGAACUCUGUCAUGCCUCUGUUACUGUGUGCGUGAUUAUACACACUGGGAGAUAUAAUUCACUGAUCAUGUCCACUGUACAUACAAAGCCUUCUUUACUACACUGCUGUAAUGUCAGCAAUCCAUCAAUAAAACCCCGAAACACUGA